AUGAUAUCUUAUAAUUUUAAAUUAUUUAUAUUUUCAAUCGUAUUAGGAGCAUUAACCUUAUUUUAUAAUGUGAGAAAUAAAAAAAAUGACUGUCAUGGAUUAUAUACAAAUAUAAAAUAUAAAAAUAUAGUGUUAGUGCAAACAAAUCCUAGGUCUUUAGCAGAAUCUUCACAUGAACUUACAGCAAAUGAUAAGCAUGAAAAUAAUAAAUUAAGAGAAUAUAGAAAUACGAAAGAAACAAAAUACAAGAACAACAAAUAUCCAGAAGAUGACACAAAAACCAAACAAAAAAUACCACCAAUAACAAAUAAGAAAUUUCCUGGAACACCAAAUUUAAUGAAAUAUAGAAAAGAAACAUAUGAUAACACACAAGGAGGAAUAUCAAACAUAUCUCCUGGUCACCUUGGAUAUUUGGAAAUGCAAAGAAAGCUUUAUAAUGAUUUUGAUGGAAAGCAAGAAUUACAUUUUCGAAAACAUUCAGAUCAACCAUACGAUGAAUAUGAAUCUAGGACAAAAAAACGUUUGAAAAAUUGUUGUAUGUAUUUUCCAUUACUAUUUUUUUGUUACAUUCCAUAUUUUUUAUAUGAAAAGUAUAAAAGGAAUAAUUGCAAUGAGAAAUAG